GCAGGCCCCUACGCAUCUGCUCGGUUUCCAACCGCAGCCUGGCUGCCCGACGAGCUCCUACACGCGGAGGUGUGGAGCGGCUGCUGGCAGAGUGGCAGCGCCGGCGACUGGGCUGGAUCCGGAGGACGGGCGAGCCGCUGUCCUGCGGAGGGAGAUCCGGCGUGGCUACGCCUGGAGGCCGGUGCGGGCGGGUGGUGGCGACUGGCCUCGCCUAAAGGCCGGGGCGGCGCCUGGAGAUAAGACCAGAUUAAAGACUCUUCCCCAUGAUCUUCUCUAUUUCUGCAAAACUGAUGCAAGAUUUCGUGGAGAAGCUUUGAUGUGCUGUUCGCUGGUCACUUGCUAGCUUUCCUGUCCUGAAUACUCUAGUUCUGAAGGGUUGGCCCUUGUGGUGCUUCCCGUUACAGGAUUUCACAUUUUAGCAGCACGGUGUUCAACUAAACAAGUCGCAGCAGCAGUAAGCAGGAAUCGAGAUGAAGUUCAGAGUUGUCUGCAGGAAGCUGUACGACUAUGUGCGCUACGACCUCAAGGAGAUCGCCUUCCCGUCGUCGCUGCCGGACCCUCCUCACUUCAAGAAGCGGCCUAAGCUCUCGUGGCACGACCGCUGGUGCAUCUUCAAGGAGGCCACCCGGCUGUACGGCGCGUCCUGGGUCAGGGACAUCGGCCCUGACCUCAGGCCCAACGACUACAAGAAGGCGGCCGAAGACGACGAGGAGGAGCCGUCCAAUGGCAGGCCCGGCUCUGACAAUGGCAAGAAGGGGAAGAGCAGCGAGCCCAGCGUGCUGGAGGACCUCGCGGUGGCGGCGAGGGGCGGCGCGGAGACACUGAAGCCCGCGCUGAGGCGCAUUUACAUGGCCCGCGCCUCGACGUACACGGACGCGAUGAAGAAUUUCGUGGAGACGUACCAGGAGGGGCUCAAGGACCAGCUGCAGGAGAAGGCUGCUGAGGGGGAUGGUGGCCGUCACCAACCGCAGCAGGGCGAGGAGGCAACAAAGAAACAACCGCCGCCACCACCACCUUCAUCAUAAUCAUCAUCAGCGGUUUAUCCCUGCAGAUGAUCAGUGCCAUACUGCCAACGCAAGCUCUGCUUACACUUGCAGCAGGGCCUUGAAUUUGUUGUGCGAUCCGCUGGUGUGAUGGAUGGUACAUGCGGCCAUAAUAAUGUAUCGCUUGAGCAAGGAUCUCUCCAGUUUCAGCUGGUUAUCAUGCAGUCUAAUUCUGCAAAUCUAGGUGAUGCGAACUAGUACACGCUGGCACUAACAUAUGUAUGUGAUCACGACUGCCAUUA